GUCACGUGAUUGUGUGAAAGUCAGCUGAUUGAAUUUUAAGGAAGUCCUCUGUUCCAGCUCCGUGCUUCCGAUCAAUUAAUCUGCGGGAGAGGGAAUGAGAAAUCGAGUAAAUUAUAUUUGCUCUGAUAUCUUCAUUGUGAAAACGUCGAAAGGAUGUUUGUACAUUCGGUGAGAGCCGCGCGAUGCCAAACGACGCUGUUCGUGACUCUGCUUGCUUUGUGUGCGGUUACGAACUGCCUGUCCGGUACGGAGGAGAGAGCAGUCAAAGGAAGUAACCAGGAUGAAAUGACGGAUGAUUAUAUCCACAUGAGAACAAGCAGCCACAAUGUCACAAAUAGCUCGGCACUGGUUUAUGGCUAUGUUUCAAGUGCAAUAUCUGUCAUCUUUUUUGGAAGCAAUUUUGUUCCAGUGAAGAAGUUUGAUACUGGUGAUGGAAUGUUCUUCCAGUGGAUCCUCUGUGCUGCCAUUUGGAUGGUCUCCUUAAUUGUGAAUAUAAUACUUCAGUGUCCCAGGUUUUGGCCACUUGCAAUGCUUGGUGGUUUCAUAUGGGCCACAGGUAAUAUCACCGUGGUGCCAAUACUAAAAACAAUUGGUUUGGGACUUGGAGUGUUGAUCUGGGGCUCUUUUAACUUGCUGAUGGGCUGGGCAAGUUCGAGGUUUGGCUGGUUUGGAAUUGACCCUGAAGAGGUGGCCAACCCAACUCUAAACUACGUUGGAGCUGGCUUGUCAUUAUUAAGUGCUUUGAUUUUUUUUGCUGUAAAAAGCGAUGUUAAGAGUCCCAUGAGAUCUUCAGAAACUGUACCUUUAUUAUUGGAUGUUCGAAUCAAUAGUGAUGAUCACUGUUCAGUAGACGAAUCAUGGGUUGAUAAACUGAGUCCCAGAAAGAAAAGAAUUAUAGGUGUUUUAUUAUCAGUGGUUGCCGGAAUUUUGUAUGGGUCCUCCUUCAUCCCUGUCCUGUAUAUCAAGAAUCAUGCUAAAAGGAAAGACAGUGAAUAUGCUGGUGCAAGUCAGUUUGACCUUGAUUAUGUUUUUGCCCAGUUCUGUGGGAUAUUUCUUACUAGCUCUGUAUAUUUUUUAAUAUACUGUGCGGCAAUGAAGAAUAAACCCAAAGUCUACCCCAAGGCAAUAUUACCAGCUGUUGCCUCGGGGGUAUUAUGGGCAGUAGCAAAUUGCUGCUGGUUCUUGGCCAACAACUACCUCAGCGCUGUUGUCAGCUUCCCUAUUAUCACUGCGGGUCCUGGACUCAUUGCUGCCAUGUGGGGAGUGUUAGUGUUUAAGGAAGUAAAACAGCUUUCCUUGCCUGUCAGUUGCACCCACCAUACAAAUACGCUCUCUGUGACAGACCCAUCUCUGUGCUGUCACACAACUGCUGCUGAAGAAAUCCUACAUGCCACUUUGUUUGGUAAGUUUUUUAGAGUCACCUUAGGCCAUUCGUAAUAUUGAUAAAUAUGGUCUUUGCAUUUACGAUUUGUAAAAAAAAUGUAGUGGAAAAUACUGAAUAAAUACAUAUGAAUUUUGAGGCAUUGUUAUAGAUGGAUGUCCUUUAUUUACACCAAAUGGUGCUAAGCUCUUGUUAAUGCAGCCUAGCAGACUUAAGAAAUCUAAUAGAACGUUUCCUUUAAUCAGCUGCAUUCAUUCUCAUAUAAUGAAUACAAAGCUUUUCGAACACACCAAUCAGCAUACAAAUAAAUGGUUUAGUCCAGAAGCACACCUCUGUAUUAAGUAUUAUGUAAAGUCCCAAAAUAGUUCAUUGUUAAGAGUCAUGGGUGAAUACCAGGUUAAAAGAAAUAAGACAACUUAUAUGUACACUAGGGUGGCAUGGUGGCGCAGUGGUAGCGCUGCUGCCUCGCAGUUAGGAG